AUUAUCUGACCAAACUAUCGAAUCUCUUUCAUGCAAACCCAUUAAGAGAGAACGGGAUUUUGGCUCGUACUUCGUAGUAGCAGAGUAGGCGAAGAGAUUCUCGCUUGUUCAAUCUGAGAAUGAAGGACAAUUUCGAGGAGCAGAACAAGCUUCCCGAGCUUAAGCUGGAUGUUAAACAGGCUCAAGGGUUUCUUUCGUUCUUCAAAACCCUACCCGCUGACCCGAGGGCUGUCCGAUUCUGUGAUCGCAAGGACUAUUAUACAGCUCAUGGUGAAAAUGCGACUUUCAUUGCAAAGACCUACUAUCAUACAACGACUGCUCUACGCCAGCUCGGUAGUGGAUCAGAUGCUCUUUUGAGCUGAAAGAAGAGCAGGAACAUGUUUGAGACUAUUGCUCGAGAUCUUCUCCUGGAGCGUAAUGAUCACACUAUAGAGCUUUACGAGGGAAGCGGGUCAAAUUGGCGACUUGUGAAAACUGGUUCUCCUGGAAACAUUGGGAGUUUCGAAGAUGUGUUGUUUGCUAACAAUGAAAUGCAGGACACGCCAGUCGUGGUUUCCAUUCUCCUUAAUGUCCAUGAAAGUGGCUACGCUAUUGGGAUGGCCUAUGUUGAUCUUACCAGGCGAAUCCUCGGAGUGGCUGAGUUUCUCGAUGAUAGUCAUUUCACGAAUCUGGAAUCUUCUCUGAUUGCUCUUGGCGCUAAAGAAUGCAUUUUUCCCGCUGAACCUGGAAAAUCAAAUGAACGCAAAAGCUUACACGAUUCUCUUAAGAGGUGUGCUGUGAUGAUAACAGAGAGGAAGAGAACUGAGUUCAAAGCUCGAGACUUGGAUUCAGAUCUGAGGAGACUGGUGAAGGGGAACAUCGAACCCGUUAAGGAUCUGAUUUCUGGAUUUGAUCUUGCCACACCUGCUCUAGGUGCUUUACUCUCAUUUUCCGAUCUUCUCUCUGAUGAGGCAAAUUAUGGAAGUUUCACUGUGCGGAGGUAUGAUCUUGGCAGCUUCAUGAGACUGGAUUCUGCGGCCAUGAGGGCUCUGAAUGUGAUGGAGAGCAAAACCGAUGCAAACAAGAACUUCAGUUUAAUUGGUCUGAUGAACAGAACGUGCACUGCAGGGAUGGGGAAGAGACUGCUUCACAUGUGGCUGAAGCAGCCUCUUGUGGAUUUGGAUGAGAUUAGGACUAGAUUGGAUCUGGUUCAGUGUUUCGUCGAAGAUGCUGGUCUAAGACAAGAUUUAAGGCAGCAUCUGAAGCGAAUUUCAGAUAUUGAGAGACUUGUGCAUAGUCUUGAGAGAAGAAGAGGUGGACUACAGCAUGUAAUCAAGCUCUAUCAGUCAACUAUCAGACUUCCAUUCAUCAAAACAGCUUUGUCACAGCACUCAGGGGAAUUCGUAUCUCUCAUCCACGAGAGAUACUUCACAAAGCUCGAAGCUUUAGCUGAUGAAGAACACCUUGGCAAGUUCACUGCUCUGGUUGAGUGCUCGGUAGACCUUGACCAGCUCGAAAAUGGCGAAUACAUGAUUUGUUCUAGCUAUGACGACACGUUAUCAUAUCUGAAAGAACAGAAGGAAUCCUUAGAGCAACAAAUCCACGAGCUGCAUAUAAAGACAGCUCUUGAACUCAAUCUUCAGGCUGACAAGGCUCUAAAGCUCGACAAGGCCACACAAUUUGGCCAUGUGUUCAGGAUCACAAAGAAGGAGGAACCUAAGGUCAGGAAGAAGUUGGCGACACAGUUUGUUGUGAUCGAGACACGCAAAGACGGAGUGAAGUUCACAAAUACGAAGCUUAAGAAACUGGGAGAUCAAUAUCAGAAGGUUGUAGAGGAGUACAGGAGUUGUCAGAAGGAGCUAGUUGAGCGUGUUGUUCAGACCGUGACCAGCUUCUCUGAGGUGUUUGAGGAAUUAGCUGGAUUGCUUUCUGAAAUGGAUGUCUUGCUAAGCUUUGCCGAUUUGGCUUCCAGUAGCCCGACUCCAUAUACUAGACCUGAUAUCACCCCUUCGGAUGAUGGAGACAUUAUAUUAGAAGGGAGCCGACACCCAUGUGUAGAAGCUCAAGAUUGGGUGAAUUUUAUACCAAAUGAUUGUAGACUUACCAGAGGGAAGAGUUGGUUCCAGAUAAUAACAGGGCCUAACAUGGGAGGGAAGUCCACUUUUAUUCGCCAGGUCGGUGUGAUUGUUCUGAUGGCUCAAGUUGGUUGCUUUGUUCCUUGCGAGAAAGCUUCAAUCUCCAUUAGAGACUGCAUAUUCGCUCGUGUAGGAGCCGGCGAUUGCCAACUGCGGGGAGUGUCUACCUUUAUGCAGGAAAUGCUCGAAACUGCAUCUAUACUGAAAGGAGCGACCGAUAAGUCGUUGAUAAUCAUCGAUGAGCUGGGUCGUGGAACAUCAACUUAUGAUGGAUUCGGAUUGGCAUGGGCUAUAUGCGAGCAUCUGGUUGAAGUGAUAAAGGCACCUACUUUGUUUGCAACCCACUUUCAUGAGCUAACUGCCUUGGCCCAACAUGCAAAUUCUGACACAGUUGGUGUGGCGAAUUACCAUGUGAGCGCUCAUAUCGACACGUGUAGCCGCAAACUCACCAUGCUUUACAAGGUAGAGGAAGGGGCUUGUGACCAAAGUUUUGGGAUUCACGUGGCGGAAUUCGCAAACUUCCCAGAGAGCGUAGUGGCACUCGCCCGACAGAAAGCUUCUGAAUUGGAAGAUUUCUCCCCUUCUUCCUUCCUUUCCAACGAGGAUGAUCCGAAAAGAAAGAAGAGAGAGCAUGAUCCAGAGGACGAUGUCUCGAGAGGAGCGGCGAGAGCUCACAAGUUCCUGAAGGAAUUCACGGAGAUGCCAUUGGAGGAAAUGGAGCUCGGAGAGGCACUCGGACGGGUCCGUGAGAUGAAGGACAAUCUCCAGAAGGAUGCCUCGGACAGCGUCUGGCUCCAACGACUACUAUGAAAGCUCUACGGAGGACUCGGACAGGGGUAAAACCAUCAUUUCACCUUAUUUAUCGGACCAGCACAGUGAAAGGCGACCUUUUUUUUUUAUUACAGCGGGCUCUAGGACGGUUUUUUUUUUAUGUUUGAAGCUACUCAGACGAAGAGGGGGACAAACGGCGUGGGAAUGUCUGAUUUUGGGGGGGGGGGAAAAAAUCUUCAAUGCUCUUUUUGUAAAGCGAAACACUUUUAACAUAGCGUAAGAAUUUGGGGUUAUUUAUGUAAAUUCUCGUUCCGAAAA